GUGCCAGCGCAGCGUGUACCAUACGUACACAUAGCAGGCACGGCAGAGCUUCUCUUUCAAAAUGGCGAGUACAGGGCCAACUGUUCUAAGUUAUAACAACUGCCUUCUUCGACGUAGUGAUUUAGCCUUACUUGAAGGUCCAAGAUGGUUGAAUGACCAAGUGAUUGCCUUCGCAUUCGAAUACUUUGAAUAUGACCUCUUCAAGGACUUCUCAGAUGAUGUAUCGUUCAUCGGGCCUGAUAUAGCUCAGUUCAUCAAGUUAUCUCAAGAUGCAGAGGUUGGGAUGUUCUUGGAAUCUCUAAAUCUUGCCUUCAAGCAACUUGUAUUUUUAGCCAUCAAUGACAAUGACUCUGACACGUCUGUUGGUGGAUCCCAUUGGAGCUUGCUGGUGUGUUCCAGAAGAGAUAGUACUUUCAGACACUACGACUCAUCUGGUUCUUUCAACGAGCAUGCAGCAAGGCAGAUAGCGAUGAAGAUGCAACCUCAUGUUGGUCUGGAGAAAGCCCACGUCAUGUUUGCCCAAGAGCAGUGUACUCAGCAGGAAAAUUGUUACGACUGUGGUUUGUUUGUGAUCUGCAAUGCUGAGCAUGUCUGCAAGCAUCACUUCCAAGGGACUCCUCUAACCGGAGCCGUCACCCAGGCCAGUGUGACCAGGAAGAGGGGUGAGCUGAAGGAGCUGAUUCUCCAGCUGGCCGCUCAAGACGAUGUCAAAUGAACACAAAAUUCUGAUAGACGAUGAAGGAGAACCAUUGUGCUGACGUCGUGCAAGAAUCCCAGAAGUUUACCUUUUUGAUGGGAGAAGUGUUCCACGGUGCUUCAUCAAACAUUGAGGUGUUUGAGGUAUGUGAUGCAUUACAUCAUCUUUGCAGAGAAACUGCAGCUUCCAGGGAUUAAACAACAUUUACUCUUGUCACUCAUUGUAAUUAUACUAUCUCAACUCACAAGUUUGAUAGUUGUCCUAGAAUCUAUUCCAAAAUGAGGAAUUUUACCUUAGUCUUCCAGUGCUGUUGGCAGUUAAAGAUAAAGUUGAGUUCUGGUUAUGCGAUUGCUUUGUGAAAGAAGCGAUGUGGAAUCGAUCAGAAAAGGUUGAUCAUAUAG